AUGAGCCAGAACGUUCUUCUUGUUCUCCGAGGAACCCUUGAGGGCCACAACGGCUGGGUUACCUCCCUCGCUACUUCUUCCAACAACCCCGACAUUCUGCUGUCCGGAUCCCGAGACAAGUCCCUGAUUGUCUGGUCUCUGACCCGAGACGACACCAACUACGGUGUUCCCCGAAAGUCUCUUAAGGGCCACUCCCACAUUGUCCAGGACUGUGCCAUCUCUCAUGACGGUGCUUACGCCAUCUCCGGCUCUUGGGAUAAGACUCUCCGAGUCUGGGACCUGAAGACCGGUGUCUCCAAGGACCGAUUUGUCGGCCACACUGGUGACGUUCUUUCCGUCUCUUUCUCUCCCGACAACCGACAGAUUGUCUCUGCCGGCCGAGACCGAACCAUCAAGAUCUGGAACACCAUCGGCGAGUGCAAGUACACCAUCACCGACAAGGGCCAUGAGGACUGGGUUUCCACCGUCCGAUUCAACCCCGCCACCAAGGACGAGGAGGAGCCCUCCCCCAACGCCAACACCAUCAUCUCUGCUGGCUGGGACAAGAAGGUCAAGGUCUGGGACCUCGAUACCUGCACUCUCAAGGCUGACCACCUCGGCCACACCGGAUACGUGUCUACCAUCACCAUCUCCCCCGAUGGAUCCCUCUGCGCCUCUGCCGGUAAGGACGGCUCUAUCCUCCUGUGGGAUCUGACCUCCUCCACCGCCCUCUACACCCUCCCUGCUGGUGAUGAGGUCCACGCCGUGUGCUUCUCCCCCAACCGAUACUGGCUCUGCGCCGCCACCUCCUCCUCCAUCAAGGUCUUCGACCUGGAGAAGCGAGUGCUGAUUGACGAGCUCAAGACCCAGACCACCUCCGAGGACGGUAAGGAGCCCGAGGCUCUGUCCCUCACCUGGUCCGCUGACGGCCAGAACCUCUUUGCUGGUUACACUGACAACGUCAUCCGAGUCUGGCAGAUCAUGCAGUCUUCUUAA